AUGGGUCUCCUGAGCAUCAUCAGGAAAGUCAAACGGCAGGAGCGGGAGAUGCGCCUCCUCGUCGUGGGGCUGGACAAUGCUGGCAAGACCACGGUUCUGAAGCAGUUGACGGGUGGCGACGUCAAGAGCGUGAGCCCCACUUUAGGUUUCAACAUCGAGACAUUACAGCUCAAAGGCUUCCGCCUCAAUAUCUGGGAUGUGGGUGGCCAGAAGUCGCUGCGCAGCUACUGGCGCAACUACUUUGAGCAGACCGAUGGCCUGGUUUGGGUGGUGGACUCCGCAGACCGACGGCGCCUUGAGGACACCGGCGCCGAGCUGGCACGGCUCCUGCUAGAGGAGCGGCUGGCGGGCGCCAGCCUCCUGGUCCUGGCAAACAAGCAGGACAUCGCAGGUGCCCUGGCGCCCUCGGAAAUUGAGCAGCUGCAGGGACUGGGACGGCGGCACUGGCACCUGGCGGGGUGCAGCGCCGUGACCGGCAGCGGGGUCCUCCCCGCCUUUGACUGGGUCGUGGAGGACAUUUCCAAACGCAUCUACAUGCUGGACUGA